AUGGCUAUGGCCGGGGGAUCGCGGCGAACGCCCCCGCUGGGUUUAUUGGGGGCGGUGGUGCCAAAGACCUUUACGCGAAAUGCCAGGACCGGCAACCCCGAACCGCGGUGGUUCCCCGAGUCAUUUCGGGAGGGCCUGGAGGCAGGAACUACGCUGCUGAACUCAAUCGGGCUGACCAACCCGGGGAUAGAGGCUGCAAUGAGCGAACUGGCGCCGCAAUGGGCGAACCUGGACGCCAACAUGGUAAUGAGCAUGGCAGCCGAAAGUCCGGAGCAGUGGGAGGAAAUGGCAUCGUUCACGCGAGGGGUUUCCGGGUUUGCGGCCAUCGAGCUGAAUCUGAGCUGUCCCAACGUGGACGACGGGGCGAUGUUCAGUCACCGACCGCAUCUUACGGAGGCGGCGGUGGCGGGUGUCCGUCGGCAAACCGACCUGCCGUUGUGGGCCAAGCUUUCCCCCAACGUGCCGGAUAUCACCGAAAUCGCCCAGGCGGCGGUGGAUGCUGGCGCGGACGCUCUGACGAUCUGCAAUACCAUCCCGGCGAUGCACAUUGACACUGACCUGGGGAGGGCGGUGCUGGGUACUGGGAGCGGCGGAUUGUCGGGACACGCCCUGCGUCCCAUUGCGGUGGCGCUGGUGCACCGAACGGCCCGCGCGGUCAAGGUUCCGAUCAUCGGAGUGGGCGGAGUGUUCACGGGCCGCCACGCCGCUGAGUUCUUGCUGGCGGGAGCUACGGCGGUUCAGAUCGGCAGCGCGAACCUGGCCGAUCUCGACGCUCCCUUCCGUGUGCUCGCCGAGCUGGAAGCAUUAAUGGCGGAGUGGGAAGUCGGCAAUAUUGCGGAGUUGGCCCUCAGAUAUCGAGAGUAG